AUGGAAUUCAUGCAGAGGAAUAUAAUCAUAUCGCUUUUGAUCUUCGUGCUCGGGCUGGCAAAAGACAUUUGCUUCUGCCUGCGGCUGACGGAGGUUCGCAUCCCAAAUCAUGUGGCCAAGAACAGCACCGUCCAGCUCGAGUGCCACUUCGACCUGAACGGCGAAGCCCUGUACUCCGUCAAGUGGUACAAAGACGGUAACGAGUUCUACCGAUACGUUCCUAGAGAUAAUCCACCAGCUCAGUUCUUCCUGCUGACGGGAGUGUCAGUUGAUCUGCUGAAUUCGACUGAAAAUCAGAUAGUGCUGAACAAUGUAACUUUGGCCUCGUCCGGGCGGUAUCGUUGCGAAGUAUCAGCGGAAGCACCCUCCUUCCAGACCGUCUCCAGCCACGGUGACAUGGUGGUGGUAGCCCUGCCGGAUACGGAUCCAAAAAUCACCGGCGGAAAGCCGCGCUACCAGAUCGGUGACAUGGUGCGAGUGAACUGCACGUCGGGCCGCUCGAAACCGGCUGCCAAGCUGACGUGGUUCAUCAACGGUGAGGUGGCCGAUUCGAGCAUUCUGCGCCACUACGACACUGUGAUAACUGGGAGAGAAGGCCUAGAGACUACAAUUUUAGGAUUAGAGUUUCGCGUGCGGUUGCGGCAUUUCAAGCGCGGCGAUAUGAAGCUGAAAUGCGUAGCCACGAUAGCACACGUGUACUGGAAAAGCAACGAAGAGAGCGUCGAGGGUGAUAAGCAACCGAAACCGCCGGCACUAGAGUCGAAGGAGACACUCCAUCCCAACGGUUCCCGAGCGGACCGGCAAGAAAGCAACUCCAGUGCCAGCAACCACCACCGGCGGAGAUUUAUGGCCAGCGGCUCUGCCAACGUGCUUCUGCUGUCGCUGGUGCUCCUGUCGCUUCUCAACCCGUUGUCCACCACGUCGGUGUCGCCGUCGCCGCCGCGGUCCUCGAUUGGGAGAUAA